AUGCCUCUCGUCAGAGAACCAAGCCAGCGUACGAAAGCGUGGGUCCGCUGGAACUAUGGGCAGAACUCUAGUAAGAACAGUCUGGCUACUGUUGCUGCGACCGAAAUCAUCCAUCUCGGUGGCUCUCGGGUAGGAACUCCAGAGCCAUCACCAUGCCGACCUGGGACUGCACAGGAGUUGCAGCGUCCUUGUACAACAUGGUUUCCUGCACCAUAUGCUCCCGCCCCGGAGCCGCCUAUAGGUAUUUCGAGAUCAAAAACCGACCCUCAGGAGUUGUUCUCCCCCAUCCCUACGCCAUCAUCAUUCGAGACAAUGUCCGAACAGUAUAGCCCUGCGCCACUGAGCCUCCCAUCAGAGAAGCUUUCGUCGCCUCCAUCAGCAACCUCAACCGCGUUUUCAAAAAUGUCAUCUCCACCACCAUAUUCCAACGGAUCAACAACAUCAGUGUCUUCGGGAUCUGCAAGGCAACUUCGACGAACUCAGUCAGCGGCAGACAUCCAAAAGCGUGCCCGUACGCGAAAAGCGCUGCCUCCCCGUCCGAUGGAGACAACUGACGAGUCAGAGUCAGAUGCUCAAGAAUCGUCGUCAGAGGCCAAACACGUCGGCCAGCUUAUGAAGGAGGGUGCUCGGGUAACCCAAUGGUUCCCUUUACCCCCAAUGACUAGCCCACCACCCUCCAGACCGCUGCCCACCAUUGGGACGACAAGCCCUACAAGUCCGGACCGCCCAAGUGAGGCACCCAAACCGGUAAAGAAAGACGUCGAGACAGCGAAGCCAGAAUUUCCACCCAGGAAGUCGUCAUUAAGGCAUUCGCCCCAGGAGCGCUUGUGGCUGCACAGAAACUACCGCGGUGAAGCAACGUUUCUCAAGGCGUGGGGGCUGAACAUUGAGAAAGCAGACGACCGCGAUGAAGGGAUUACGAUCAUGAAAGAGCUAAUGGCAUCAGAGGAGGAGAAGAGAAAAUCUAAGAAGGCCGAGAAGGCUAAAGAGCUGGGAUUGCCUGAAGGGGGACUACAGAUCAUCAUCGAGGAGGAGAAAGCCUCGCUGUCAGAACCUGACAAGCCCAGUCCAAGAAUGAUCGAGCAUUCAUCUCAUCAUCUGAGACCUCAAGGACUGAAAGUGCCGCCACGGUCGCAUCCGAGCCCUACGCACUUACGAUCAGAGAGCGAGAGUUCAGUGCUCGGGGCAUAUCUCGACGUACGGAUGAGCCGUUUCGAUUAG